AUGGGAAAAGCGACACAGGUUGAUGGCGAUAACAACCCAACUUCGCCCGAAUCGGACCCUACAAAGUUAUUGGAGGCUGCUUUACUGCAGAUGGAUGGAAUUAUAGCCGAGGCUGGAGGUACAACAACAACGGGCCCAGGACGAGCUGCAAGGGCCCGAGCACUCGAGCUGGCGCAACAGCUUGCCUCAUCUCUCCAGCAUGCUAUACCACCACCCCCACGGCCAGAUUUCACCACCGCCAGUGCCAUACUACGCUGGUUACAACAAAACAACAACUCCGUUGCCCUUACUAACACUCGCCUAUGUUAUUAA